UUUGUGGAAAAUAAAAGCUGAUUAUGAAGUCUUUUCCCUCAAAGGCUUUGAUAAUUAAAAUCAACUUAGUUUUCUUGGUUUGUUUCUUAAUUGCUUAUGCUGCCCUUCUUCACUGGCAAUUAUCUUCUCUUUAUCAUGAAUAUUCAAAAUCUACUAUUAGAUGCACAUCUUGUGAAUGUCAUCACAAGGUGGAAGAAGAACCAAUAUUGGUGAAUGGAACAAAUGCAAUAUUGAAGAAAAUGAUGAGACAUAAGAAGCCAAGUUUUAUGAAAGAAAUAAUGGGGAGAGGAAUGAAGAUAGGAAUGGUGAAUAUGGAAGAUGAAGAUGUUAGUGAAUGGAGAGUCCAUGGCCAAAUAAUUAAAGUACAAUUCCAGAAGGUCUCAGAGUUGUUGGAAUGGGAUGAUUUGUUUCCAGGACAGAUAGAUGAAGAAUUAGAAGAGAUGGAUAGAAGACAAACAUGUCCAGAAAUACCAAUGCCACAUUUCUAUGGUUAUAAUAACAUGAACAUAAUAGUAGUGAAAUUACCAUGCAAUUAUCCACAAGAAGGAUGGAAAAGGGAUGUUUUUAGGCUACAAGUACAUCUUGUGGCUGCAAAUUUGGCUGUCAAUAGAAAAAAGGGUAAGAAUGGGAAGAUGAAAUUGAUUUUCUUGAGUAAAUGUAUGCCAAUGAUGGAGAUAUUCAGAUGUAAAGAAUUAAAGAAAAGGGAAGGAGAUUGGUGGUAUUAUGAGCCAAAUAUGGCUAAGUUGGCACAAAAAAUUUCACUUCCAAUUGGUUCUUGCAAGUUGGCUUUGACUCUAAGGGAAAAAGGAAUGAAAAAGGUGUAUGACAUCUCUAAUGUUCAAAACAGAGAAGCCUACGCCACGGUUCUUCAUUCCUCAGGAAAAUACGUUUGUGGUGCAAUAACACUAGCUCAGAGUCUUCUUCGAACUGGAACCAGACGGGACCUUGUUCUUCUUUUGGAUGACACUAUCCCCGAACCCAAACGCGACGCGCUCGUAAAAGCAGGGUGGAAACUUCGAUUGAUAGAGAGGAUAAGAAAUGCUAGAGCUGAUAAAAACUCGUACAAUAAGUACAAUUACAGCAAAUUCAGGUUAUGGCAACUUACUGACUAUGAAAAAGUUGUUUUUAUUGAUGCAGACAUCAUUGUUCUACGUAACAUCGACAUUCUUUUCCAAUUUCCUCAAUUGUCAGCCACAGGUAAUGAUGGAUCAAUAUUUAAUUCUGGAGUAAUGGUAAUUGAGCCAUCAAAUUGCACAUUCAACAUGUUAAUGCAACAUACAAAAGACAUUAUUUCAUAUAAUGGAGGUGACCAAGGUUUCCUUAAUGAAAUAUUUGUAUGGUGGCAUAGGUUACCAAGAAGAGUUAAUUUUUUUAAGAAUUUCGAAAAUUUGAACAGUGCUAAGAACCAACUAUUUGAAGCAGAUCCUCCGCAACUCUAUGCAGUACAUUAUCUCGGAUUAAAGCCUUGGGUGUGUUACAGAGACUAUGAUUGUAAUUGGGACGUUGGUUAUUUACGCAUUUAUGCUAGCGAUAUCGCACAUAGGACAUGGUGGAAAAUUCAUGAUACUAUGGAUGAGAAUUUGCAAAAAUUUUGUGGAUUGUCAAAGCAGAGGAAAAUUGAAUUAUAUUUUAGUAGAAAGGAGGCAGAAGAAAUGGGAUUAAAAGAUGAACAUUGGAGGAUUAAUGUUACUGAUCCUAGAAGAUUAGCUUAACUUUUUUAUUAGGUUCUUUAACUA